UCUUUUUAGAUAUAUUUUUUGCUGUAGUUUUGAAAGUGAAAGAUGCUGAAUGACGUAAGAAGGCAAAAAUAUCUGGGCUUCACCGCACUUGUUUUGACAACCUUCCGUAAUUUCUAAAAGCGGUAUGAGUUACAUAUCAGUAGCAACUUCCUUCGAGUGACGCUAAAAAUAAACUAGGAACAAGCUGAUUGGAUCUGGCUAAGUGCAAGGAAGAAAAUAUCAGAAAUUAUUGUCUUUUUUGCGGCGAUGAAAAGAACCAGACGGCACUCCAUCAAUUCAGACGCAGGAUUCAGUGGAGAGACACAAAAUCACUUUUACGACGAAUCCGGAAAAAUGGAUUUGUUGUUAUUCGCAGCUUGUUUUAGCGCAAACGUGCUCGCGUUGAUGGCCCAGGGCAGCCACAUGAUACCAAACCAUACACGUACAAACUGCUGCAAUACGAUGAUUUCAGCCAUUAAGACGUUGGAAACGAAGCUGGAAAACCUUAUUGCAUUGGUAAACAAAAAUUCCACUCGCACUCCUCCGCAGACACCUCCAGCAGAUCCUGUUUCUUCUUGUAAAGAACAGUAUGACACAUACCCUUCUUCAAUGAGUCAAGUGUAUCCACUAAUGUUUGGUUCUCAAACAAUUCCUGUUUACUGUCACAUGGGAAACUUUGGAUGUGGAGAUGGAGGAUGGACGCUGGCCAUGAAGAUUGACGGAACGAAGAGAACUUUCCAUUACAAUUCUCGCUUUUGGAGCGACAGAAAUAUCUAUAAUCUUGCAGGAGGCAAGACUGGGUUUGACUUACAAGAGACCAAGUUACCGACCUACUGGAACACACCCUUCUCCAAGAUCUGUCUUGGUAUGAAGAUCGGCCAUCAGAUCAACUUCAUUGUCAUUAACACGCAGGCCAACUCUCUGUACUCACUGAUCGCUGACUGGCAAUACCGCGCUACCUCACUAGGUCGUAACACGUGGAAGACGCUGAUUGGUUCACAGGCUUCCUUACAGCUCAACUGUAAUAAGGAAGGCUUCAAUGCUGUAGGUACUAAGGGUAGAUUUGCUAAAGCAAGAAUCGGUAUCGUUGCUAAUCAGCAAAAUAACUGCAAAAGCUGUGACUCCAGAAUCGGCUUUGGCACCGGAGGGAAACACGAUGACUCCAACACUUGUGGAAACCAAGCGACGCACUCACCAGAUAACGGAAACAAACACAUCAAAGCGAUGGGCUACAUCUUGGUGCAAUGACAAAACCUGUAUGAUGCUGUUUAGUCAAAAAAGUUCUUAACACCUCAAUAGAUUAGCAUUGACACGCUUUGAUUUGUAUAUGUAAUCGCAAGUGCCCGCGUGCAAUUAAGGAUUAAUUUCACGUGUAUUUUAAAAGUUUUUGCAAAAUUGCCCGAGUCAGAAGCGACGAGGGCAAUUUUGAAAACUUUAGAAAUAAAAGUGAAAUUAAUCCUUAAUUGCCCGAUGGCACUUGCGAUUACUUGUUUAUCACAUAAAGGGCAAAAUUCUGUACAAAGGAAAACUUUCAAGGUCUUGCCGUCGAGUAAACAUGUUUGUCGGUUGUCAUUAAAGAACAGGCUAGCAGUAGAGCAAGGAAAGCCUACUACAGUAGUAAGCAAAACACAGCAAGUUUAAUUCACUCAAAGCAAUUUCUUAACAAAUAAUUUUAACAAUUUCCCUAACAAUCUAAGUUUUUCACCUGUUUAACUUUUGCGAAGCUUGCAACGGCGUGAAACUACUUAAUCGAUCGAUGAAAAACGUAAACAAGCGUCCAAACAGCUAAUAACUUCUUGAAUCCAAA